AUGUCGACGACUCAGCGCAGUGAGAGCAUGAAUGCGUUUUUCGAUGGAUACGUACAUUCGAAGACAUCGCUCAAGCAAUUUGUCCAACAAUAUAAACGGGCAUUGAGGAAUAAUGUAGAGAAGGAGUUUCAACCGGACUUCAAGUACUUCUCGCAAAUGGUAUCAUGUGCUACGAAGUACGAGAUGGAGAAGCGGUUUCAGCUAGUUUAUACGAUCUCAAAAUUUAGGGAAGUACAGGAGGAAUUUGUUGGGAAGGUUUAUUGCGACCUCGUUUUUUCAUCAGUGGACUGCUUGGGGACUACAUAUGAAGUAUGGGAAGACGUUAUACGUGACGACUGGGUUGACAAGAAACAUGCAAUCACUGUGUUGCUUCGUAACAACGUGAAGUCAUUGCCUGACACCUACGUAUUACGGAAGUGGACGAGAGAUGUCGUCAGAGCUCACACAAGGAUUGUAGUUAACUAUGAUGGUUUAAGUAGCACCUCGGCAUAG